ACAAAAGAAAAGAUCAUAUGUAAUGUAAGGUAUGUCUUCUGUUUCAUAGGUAUGUAAAAAGCUCCCAGCAUGCUGAUAUGUACAAAAAUAUCCAAUUAUGUUAUCAUUAAAAACUGUGUAUUUUAUCCAAGCUGGCAUAGGAAUCUUAGCCAAUGCCUUCUUCCUCAUCUUCCACAUCUUCACAAUCUAUCCGGUUCAUAGGCUUAGACCCACUGAUAUAACCACCUGUCACCUGGCCGUUGUCCACAUAGUGAUGCUACUUACUACACUGGAUGUUGUAUCUGAAGACAUGUUCAAAUUGUUGAAUUUUCCAAAUGAAUUAAAAUGCAAGCUUCUGUUCUACUUCAGUAGGGUAACAAGGGGUCUCUCCAUCUCCACCACCUGUCUCCUGAGCAUCAUUCAGGUCAUCACCAUCAGUCCCAGUUCCUUCUGCUUGUCAAGAUUUAAGCAUAAACUCACAAGUUAUAUUAUUAUUGCUUUCUUCUGUCUUUGGUCCCUCAAUAUGUCUGCUAAUUGCUACAUGACCAUCUACACUGUAGCUCACUCCAAUAGAAGCAAUCUACUCAAUAUUAAUAGAUACUGCUCACUUUCCUCAAUGAACUCCAUCAUCAUGGCACUAGUUCUCACACUAGAGUUGUCCCAGUGUGGCUUAUUUGUAGGAAUGAUGCUGCUCUCCAGCAUGUACAUGGUGAUUUUCUUAUGUCGACAUCAGAGGAAAUCUGAGUACCUUCACAGCAUGAGCAUGUCCCCAAGAAUCUCCCCAGUAAAACGGGCCACCUGUACUGUCCUGCUGCUGGUGAGUUUCUUUGUGGUUAUGUACUGUGUGGAUAUCAUCAUUUCAUCCUUCUCAACCACAUUGUGGAGAUAUGAACCUUUAAUCCUGGAUAUCCAGAGACUGGUGGGAAAUGUCUAUGCCACUGUCAGUCCUGUGGUGCUUAUAAGUUCUGAUAAAAGACUAAUUGACCUUGUGCAUAAUGUGAUUGCUAUGAUAACAAUCUUAAAAUAA